AUGGCGGCCUACUUCUUCCACAUCAAGCUUGAGCUGUAUCCUUCGGCACGUCCAUCAGCUGCGUCGCAACCUGCUACAAACAACCUCUUUCGCCCAAAUUCGACUACAGACAUAUUCAAGACCACACUUCCCACUCAUCGAACAUCCAAGACCACCUCGCAUACUUUACCCGCCCGACACUCGCCGAGAAGCUCGCUGGACUAUCGCUCUGCUGCUGCGAGUCGUCCAACCUCCGCUCACGGCGAUGCGCUUCUGUUACCAGAGAGGAACGUCGCCUUGAAAGAGCCUGCUUCACCUACAAUUCCACCGAAGAAAGCAUCGAGCGAGAUUGCCACUAGGGACUGGCGAUACGGCCCUGUCACCAUCGAAAGCAUCGACAUGGAACCAACCUCUACCAAGCUCCCUUCGACUGGUCUACACACCAAGGCGGCCUAUGUGCCAUCGCCUACCAAAGCAACCGAUGUAGGCUGGGGUGUUGUACAUCUUUACAGAGAUUCGCAAGAGACGGCAGCAUUGGACCAUACACACGUCAAAGACGAUGCCGACUUCGACCCCCAACAAUGCACCACUUUGUGCAUCUUAGCCGUGCCGUCAUGGAUGAUGCCCUCGGACCUGCUGGGCUUUGUUGGAGACCAGGCAAGAGAAGAUGUUAGUCACUUCAGACUCAUUAGGACUGGUCGAGCCAACAAGUACAUGGUUCUCAUGAAGUUCAGACAGCCAAAGAAAGCCAGAGAGUGGCAGAAGCUGUGGAACGGGAAACUCUUCAGCGCCAUGGAGGUGAGCGUUCAGCACUCUGACCCUAGAGUAUGCUCGUGUGCUGACACUAUCGUANNGCCCGAAAACUGCCAUGUCGUCUUCAUCAAGUCUGUCGAAUUUCUGACACCCGACUCAGAUGCAUCUGACCCCGCUGCUUUCCCUCAGAACACUCAGGAUCCUUUCACCACAUCUUCAAACUCUCUAUCCACCAAGCCACAUGCACCGCCCACCCCAUCCCUUGUCGAGCUUCCUACAUGCCCGGUAUGUCUCGAGCGCAUGGACGAGACCACUGGUCUNUUGACCAUUCUAUGUCAACAUGUGUUCCACUGCGCCUGUCUCGAGAAGUGGCGCGGAUCGGGAUGUCCUGUGUGUCGUUACACGCAAUCACCCUCCUUCACCUUCCCUUACCCCCGACCUAGUCAUGCUGAUGUACAAGCUGAGGUCGAACCUGCUUGUACCGUCUGCGCGACAACUACGAAUCUGUGGAUCUGCUUGAUCUGCGGGAAUACAGGCUGUGGCCGCUAUGACUCAGCACACGCUUUUGCACACUGGGAAGCCACAAGCCACUGCUAUGCUAUGGACAUUAACUCACAGCAUGUCUGGGAUUAUGCCGGUGAUGGCUACGUUCAUCGCUUGAUCCAGAACAAACCCGACAGCAAAUUGAUUGACCUUCCUGCUCGCCGCCACCCCAAUGCUGCCUUCCGUGCUNNGGAAGCCGACGACAGUGUGCCGCGAGAAAAGAUGGAGAACAUGGCUAACGAGUACACUUACCUUCUGACUAGUCAGUUGGAUAGCCAGCGUCGUUACUAUGAGGGUCAGCUCGAGCGCGCUGUUGACAAGGCCAGCAUUGCCUCGGCCAAAGCUGAAGAUGCCGCUAGAGUGUGUAUUACGCUCACUGAAGAAAUGGCUGCUCUGCGCGUACAGAGUCAAGACCAAGUUGCCAGUGUUACUCGCAUGGANAAAAGUCUCGAAAAAGCCACAUCUCGUGCUGAGAAGUUUGAAAAGAUGGCUCGCGAUAUGUCUAGUCAGCUGCGUGAGGAGAAAACAAUGAAUGAGGGCUUGCUUCAGCGCAUUCAUGCUGCCGAAGCAAAAGCCAGAGAAAGCCAACAGGAAACCGAGAGGAUAAAAUCUGAAAAGGCAGACCUGGAGGAGAUGAACCACGAUCUGACUAUGUUUAUCACCAGUCAAGAGAAAGUCAAGGAGUUGCAAGCUCAGGGUGAGNNGGAAGUUGUCGAGGGAUCAGCCUUUGCUCCCGAGCAACGACCACAGCAAGGCAAGAAGAAGGCCAAGGGAAAGAAAAAGUAG